UUGUUAUAUUCGAUAAAUAUAGCAAACAGAAGCGCAAAACAGAACGACCUUGACCCUAUAUAGUCCACUUCUCCGCCUCCGCCAAAACCCUAAAUCGCAAACAGAAGCGCGCUAACACACAGAGCAGCAGCAUCACCGAUCAGCCAUGGGCAAGGUUCACGGAUCGCUCGCACGUGCCGGGAAGGUUAGGGGUCAGACUCCGAAGGUGGCGAAGCAAGACAAGAAGAAGAAGCCCAGAGGCCGCGCCCACAAAAGGCUGCAGUACAACAGGAGAUUCGUCACAGCCGUUGUUGGAUUCGGGAAGAAGAGGGGGCCGAACUCUUCCGAGAAGUAAGGUUGCUCUGUGAGGACUUUUACUGGUUUUUAAUGAGGGAUUAGUUUCAUUUUAAAUAUGGAUUGUGAAAUUUUGUAGCAGUUCAAUUAGCUACUGGUUAUGUUUAACUUGUACCCUUUAGGAGCACUCUCUAUGAUAUUCAGAUUGGGAAAUGCUUAUUAAUAUGUUCUACUUUUGACCA